UUUCUGAGUCAUGGUUGCAUACAAACCCGGAUCAAUUUCAAAUAACCUCAUUCGCUAAAUCACACUUUCCUACUUGUUGAACGACCGAUGAAAAAUUGCACUUCUCAACUAGGCCUUCUGAACGGGUGCGUAAACAGAUUUGGACGACGGAAAAAAUUGCGAUUGAAAACAACAAAAACUUUUGUUCUCCUUUUUGCGUCUCUUUGUUUCGUAUUAUUCAAUCGUGCGAUUUCGGUUGCAGUUCCGUUUAAGAUUUGCUGCAUUUCCGCCACAAUAUUGCGUUCAACAGUCGCUGGGACGUCUCGGUGCGAUGGAUGUGUCGCCGUCCGUCGAAACGAGCCUUUCCACAGGCACCACCACCAUCCAAUCGCUUCCGACCGAGGUGCUGACCGCAAUCUUUCACAACCUACGCGUUCCCGAUCUGGCCUCGGUGCGUCAAACCUGCCGACACUGGUACGAAAUAGUGAUCAACAACCGUGCGCUUAUGAAUAGGUUUGUCCUGUCCCUGCGGAACUUUCGGAUAGAGGAAGGUGUCGAACCGUGUCCGGUACUGGAAAGUACUCGCAGCACGUUCGAGAAAGUAUGCCUAAAAUCCUGCUUCAUCACUUCCGCCCCAAUGCUGUGGCGAUCCAUCGGUAGUCAUACGGUAGAACUAACGCUGAACGAGUGCACAAUCAGUGGCGAAACGUUGGUGGGAGUGCUACAGUCCACACGGGACAACUUACGCUCACUUACAAUUAAAUCGAUCAAGUUCGAUGGUCCACAAAUCUACAACGCACCAAUCGAUUUCCGUCUGGAACGGUUGCACUCGCUCACGAUCCGAUCCUCCUUUCUGUACGAUGGAUUUUUGAACCUGUUGAAACGCAUCUGUCCCAACCUGAAGGCGGUAAAGCUGACGUUUUCUUCGUACGAACGAUGGGGCGAACAGUUGGUGAGCUUUGUGGCCACGUUAAGUGCGACCCUCGAAGCGAUUACACUUAGCUACACAAAAGCGACCGGUGCGAUGUUGCAACAAAUCGGAAGGAUCAAGAAUCUACGGUUACGUAAGGUUUCGCUCAAAUCGUGCUUUGCAAUCAAGGAAAACGAUAUACUGCUGCUGGCACGCUUGCAGCCAACGAUAGUGCACCUUAAUCUGGACAAUCUGUUCUCCGCCAGCGAACAGUUUCUGCAAGCCCUCAGUGCCUUUCUGCCGCAGAUGAAGCGCAUCAAGCUUCGGGUGGCACGCAUCACCAACCUGCACCGGUCGUUUUUAGCCAACAUGCCGCAGCUAAACUAUCUCAAGAUUACGGACGCAACACAGAUGAAGGGUAACAUCGAUCUGAGUGCGUACGAAAAUCCAGCGCUCGAGAAGCUGUUCGUUUCGGCGGCAAUGUUCUCGCGCAACACACUGCCACGGUUUUUCGAACGCUGCCCAAACAUACGCAGCCUAACGCUGUACCAGUGUACGUACGAAAACAUUCACGAUCUGCAGAUCGCUUUUUCGCAUCUGAAAGGGCUGGAAUAUUUGAACCUGCAGCGCACAAUCGAUCUCGGCGAUAGCUUCUUCAACCGGGACGUGUUCGAUACGAUUGUGAUGCCGUUCGAGCGGAUACGAUUCUACCCGAUCGCGAACCUGCACAAGCUGUGCUAUCUAAAUCUGAGCCACUGUCGAGAUCUGUCCGAUCAGGCGUUGAUGGCGUUACGGUUUCCACUGCUGAAGAAGAUCGAUCUGCGGGGGUUGUACAUAACCGAGGCGGGCAUUGCGACGCUCGUGCGUGACUGUCCGCAGCUCGAGUACGUGCUGGUGGACGCCUGCAAGCGUAUCUGUGAUACAGCCGUGCUGUACCUGUGCCGGGAUUUGCGCAAUCUACGGUUGCUGAAUCUGGAAAGCUGUAAAGCGAUUACCGACCUGUCGGUGGAACAUAUCGUGCGGCACUGUCGCAGCUUGGUGUGGCUUAAUGCGCUUAACUGUCCGCAGCUGAGCGCGACUGCGAAAGCACGGUUAAGAAACGUACGCACAAUACGAUCACUGCACGUGUGAAAGCACGUGAUGCUAAAAUGCUCAUACCGAACCAUCCUCCCCUCCCUUUCCCAUUUCCGGGCACAACCCUCGGUGUGCAAGAACAAUAAUCUAUUGCGGGUUUUUUGUUUUGUUGAGAACCGGAAAAUUGAUCCCUUAUCUUUAAGUAUAGCGUGUAGGUUUGAAAAUGAAACCAAGUAUACGGUUGGUUUUAUAUUUUUUGUUUCGGUUUUUUGUUAUGCUUACGAUUAGCGAGCGAAAGACGAAGUGUUCGAAAGAGGAAACAACAUUAUUCGUAACUAGUUGAAUUCUAUUUUAUGACAUAUAUUUCAUGACUAGUGUAAAAGUGUUUUUUUUUUUAAUUCAUAGAUGUGCUUUAGGGAGGUGUUACAUUUUCUCCACGUCAAACAAAAAUAAGCAAUAAAGUAAAACGUUGGUUUUCGACUAAUUUAUACAAA